GUCAGAAAUGAGUUUGUACCACUUUCAGCCAAGUCAAUUUCACCAUCAUAACAAAGUGAUAAGUAACAACAAACAUCAGGAUAUCACUCUUUUACUCAUUUAUUCCACUUAAGAUUACGCAUAUCAUAUUUAACACCCCUUUUAAAUCCCAAUGUCCAUUCAAAGUUGUUUUAACCCCAGUGUCCUUCAACAUGACCCCCAUUCCUUUCAAUGCAAAUGUCUGCCCUUGAUCUCAUCGCAAGUAUUGCAUCCCUGAUGAUGUCUCUCUGUCCCCUUAGAUCCUCCACUGCUGCGACAAUCCUGGCCCUUAGAUCAUCAACGUCUCUUGGUGGUGUUGUGAAGAAUUUACCCUUGAUUGAGACUUGUUCCUUCUCUCUGAUACUUCUUGAUAUUCUUCCAGAUUGUCUACUUAGCAGGUACAUUUCUAUCUGGGAAGCGUACUCUAAACUGAUCAGCAACCUGCUGAAGGCUCCCACUUCUGAGCCACUCACGUACUACGAAUACUCUUUGAUCUUGGGUCAGCUGCAUGAACUUGCUAUGUUGAAUGCUUGUUCAUAAAUGUGUAUUUCGAAUAGGACAUGGUCUUGCAUAGCCAUUUUAAUCCCUCAUUGAUCAGCCAUUCAUGACAGAAAAAGUGGCACAAACCAAUUUCUGACAUGGUCACUUAAAUCUCUUAGAACUCAGUCAUCCACGAAGAAAAAUAAACACCUAUGGUAUCAUAAGAAAAAGGAC